UCACAUGAUCAUCCAGCAAGGCCCAGAAGCAGGCUUGUACGGCCGCAUGAUCUUUCUGAUCUCCGGCCUGUUUGCCGCCCAGAACCAUGGCGUCAGUCCCUGUUGUGAUGAGAUGAGCUGAGCAAACCACUCAGCCCAUCGAUGGUGGGAAUAUCGGUGUGCACUUACCUUGUUGUUUGUGAUGUCCAGCAGAGCACCGCCCCCCCACUCGAGCCUUUGAGAAGGACACACACACAGAGAGAGAGAGAGAGAGUGGAUGAGAUGUUCGCAUCAGUCAGUCAUCUGUGUCGCCCACAGCUGAAACACAGCGGCAGAUUUGCCCCAGAGUACAGCCCCAUGGAGUGCCGUGUCGCCCUCCUGUGUGUGUCAUGCACACAGAGGAAAGGCAAUCAAUCAGUGAGAGAAGAUUGUGUUGUCUCACCUUGUCGGUCUGUGUGAGAAGGUUCUUUCGUUUGGCAUACAGGGCCUUCAACACAUCGACAUGACCAUUCCCGGCAGCAUAGAUGAAUGGCGUGGCGCCCUCCUGCAAUCAACACACGUACACACACAAUCGAGACACUGAAGCGUCAAAGACAUGUGUAUGCUCUCCUAGAUUGUCGCGUGCAUCGAUCAGUUUGGGAUCCCACUCCAUCAGCUUAUUGACAGCCGCGACAUGGCCCUCGUAGACAGCCUUGUGCAGGGCAGUGUCACCACGCUGCAUUGCGUCACACCCAAUACACUCUUUAUCACCAUCAGCAGUACAAGAUGGUUUGUCUGUGUCGGUACCUUGGUCUCUGUUUGCUGCAGUACGUCAGGUUUGCUCGCAUACAUGACCGACAUAACGCCCACCUCACCCUUCUGUGCAGCCUUGAGGAAGGGCGUGAACUGUGCGCAGGAAUGAGAAGACACAGACCACUGAGUGCAUUUCGAUCGUCUUCACGAUUCCAUACCUCGAAAUUGUAUUUGUCUCGUUCCCGUUUGUCGAGUAUGUCCUUGCCAUCCCUCUCGAUGAGCAAACGAACUGACAGAGACCAUGACCGAUGGAUGGUUCGAUGGAUUCUUCACUUAUAUGUUUGAGUGUCUCGCGAUGUCUCUGUUUACCCAUCCCAUCCCAUGUUACCGGACUGCUCAUCGGCGGCCUUGACGGCUUCGAAGAUGUCAGUCUGACAGACAAUCAGCACAAGAACAGCGGCCCAUUGACGUGUGGGGUUUAGUUGCUGUUUCCCUUACGUGUUUGAUCUGCGGCUGUGGAGGGCUCGGCGAUGUCUUCACUGACGGCUGCUGGACGGGGAACGCUGCACGACACACAUGACACAUGAAACGAUUCAAUACAUGUGCGUGCCUUCCACAGCUGACCUGUUUGCUCUUGCGGAACCACAAGUUUGAUCUGUGCUGGCGAGACCGCACUCGGUGGCCCCGUUAUGGUGCUGGCCAU